GCUGUCACUUAUGUCAGUCUUUCAGCAAAACCAGAAGAAAAAGGUCAUUAUUCAUCAUUCGAGAAAAUUUAAUCAGCCAAAAAUUAAUCGGUCGUGUUGAAAAUAAGUCGUAGUUUCGAAAAAAAUCUUCUAUUUGAUUCAUAUUUUUCAAAAAGUACGGUAUUUGAGAAAACAUUACUCAGUUUCUAAUUAAGCAACUCAAAAUCGAUUGCAAUGGCCACGUCAUUCACGAAUUUUUCCUACGAGAGAUUUAUGCGAAACAUGGGCCAUAAUUUGGAGCCCAGUGUGCGGCAUCAUUUGGCAAAGGUUUACUCCUGUCUCACAGCUACAUGUGUCGCUGCUACAGCUGGAUCGCUUAUUCAUCUCCAAGGAAUCUGGGAAGCCGGCAUACUAAGUGCACUCGCUGCACUGGGUCUGGUGAUGGCAUUAUUUUACACCCCGGACAAUGGCAAAAACUUUAACCUCCGUCUGGGAUUAUUACUCGGCUUUGGUGCGUUUAGUGGUCAUUCGUUGGGUCUAUUGUUAGAGCAGGUGAUCUUUAUCAAUCCAGCCAUUGUCGUAACGGCUCUUGUUGGAACAACGACCAUAUUCACCUGCUUGAGUGCCGCGGCCCUGUUGGCGAAACGUGGAAGUUAUUUGUUCCUUGGUGGUAUCCUGAUGAGCAUCCUCAGUGCUAUGGCCAUGAUCAGCCUGGGUAAUCUACUGUUUCGAUCAUACUUUGUACAAGAGCUCAGCUUGUAUGUCGGUUUGGCAGCGAUGUCCGGUUUCGUAUUGUUCGACACACAGAUGAUCAUGGAGAAGCACCGCAUGGGUAGCACCGAUUGCAUCGCUCACUCACUGGACCUGUUUUACGAUGUUAUUGGUAUUUUCCGUCGUUUAUUGAUCAUCCUCACACAAAAAGAACAAAACAAUGAACGCAAAAGGAAGAGAAAUUAAGCUCAAUUAUGAGCGCAUACAUUACUGGUUAACAUUAAACUGUGGUUCGAAACAAUGGUAAAUUUGUUGCGUCUAUUUGUAUUAUCACCAUAAAUAACAUAGUUUACAAAAAGAAGCACAAUAUUUCCUUUCCGUUGUAGCUGUUGACGUUGCAACAAAUAGUUUCGGUGAGUUCAUGAUAAUCUUGAGGUAUCGGAAUACAGUUUCCCAAAUUAUAUAUAAAAACACUAAACCUUUUAAUGUACCUACAUAACGAAUCGGCAUAGAACUUUUGAAUUCAGCAAAUUUGUACCUAUACUUUAAAAACAAAAUUUAUGAUUGUUUAAAAAACAUGUUUUCUACAAUGAAUCGUCGUUUAGAUUAGAUUCGUGUGUCCACAGAAUUUGAUAAAAAUUGAUUAUUGAUGGGA